CUGGGAGCUGUUUGGUGCUGCUAACUUUUAUUUGAGAUAUUAAAGCAAAUGGUUUAGUGACAGUGGCAGAGGUUCUGUGUUUGUGAAGGUUGACUGGCUCAUCUUGAGGUUAACUGCCUGUAACUGCUGCUAACAACAGUUCAGUUGAUGAUAAUUUACUUGGCAGUUUGCAAAUCAGCUGAGUUGCGUUUGACAGGAUGCCAGGUUUAGUUAAUGGCUCAGUUGUGGACAACCAUGACCAAGCCAUGACUGAAGCUCUGGAGCAGUUCUGCAACUCCCCGGAGCAAACGUAUGAGCAGUUCCUGUCCACCUUCACACACCUGACCCCAGAGAACGUGAGGGAUACGCGUUUGACUGCUCCUAGAGGACAUGAAGACAGAGCGAUGGACAGCAGCCGAGAGCGACAAAGAGAGGAUGGAGUGACAGAGAUGGAGGAGAGCGUAUACCGAAGGAUGGGACAGGCGAAUCGCUGCUCACCGACCGCUGAUCAGGAAGAGGUGCUGUUGGAUGGCGGUUGUGUUGGAGGAAGACUGGGCGGCCCAUCAAGCUCUGCUCCAGACAGACCUGUGAAGUUUGAUAAUUAUCUGGGAGAUUCGGAGGACGAAGAGGAAAAUGUUGACGCUACAGGUACAUGUGCACUACCAGGUGAGAUUGAAGAAGAUCUGAUAGCUGUCUCCUCUUCAUCGCUCUGUCACCACACACUGCUGGAGAUCUCCUCGACUUUCACAGACCAGAGGACACACACUCCCAGUGCCGCUGAGAAUCAGGAUGAAAGUGAGGAGGUUGUUCCGUUCCAUCUGGAUGAGGACUUUGAUUACAAUAACGUUGUGCUGUCUCACAAAUACGUGAUCCAGGAACAGAACGGCUGACCAUCUUGAGCUGUAAAUGCUUCUAACAGCUCUGAUUUUGCGUAAAGUCCUUGUUGAGGCGAUCAGAAAUGUUUUCAUUUCGCCAAAGAAUUUGAAGGAAGAUUGAUCAGCUGUUGCAGUUUUCA